UCUAAUUUGACCCCCUUAACAUGCUUCAAAACUCACCAAACUGAACACACACAUCAGGACUGGCUAAAACUGUGAUCUAAUGAAAAAACCUAACCCCAAAUCUAAAAAUUGUGCUCUACCGCAAUUUUUUUAUAAAACGCAGAAAAAACUGCUCCUCGGAAGAAAAAAAUGACAACACUGCCUGUAACUCCCACUGGGAAAGUCGGAGAGACAUGAAACAAAAACCUCUAUGUAGGUCUUACUUAGACCUACAUUUCAUAAACUGACAACCCCCAGCAAAAAUCAACAGGAAGUUUGCUAUUCCCCCUUCAAACCAAAUUUUUUGUAAAAACCGGUCACCUUCCUUCAAAAACGAACUCCUCUGAGCGCGUUUGUCGUUUCACCUUCAAACUAACACAGGAGAGAGAUUGAACCCUUGUGAUUACAAUGACAGAAGCGCUUUUUUUCUAACUGCUCCGGUUUUGAUUUUAUGACCCUUCAAAGACCCGCUGCGCUGCUGUUUUUUUAAUAUGGCUGCUUAAAAGCAGGAAGCACCAACGUGCCCACACAAUGCAGACAAGGUAGGUACACUAGACAAAAGUCUUGGGACACUUCAGACUAAAAGUAGACAAAAGUAUUGGGACACUUAUGACUAUCACUGGACAAAAGUAUUGGGACACUUAGGACUAGCACCUGCCAAAUACGCGGGCCCGACCAAUGCUGCUUGCAGCUUUAAUUUCAAAUGUAUUUCCGUGAGAGCCAAAUAAUAUUUUUUAACACUGAAUACAACUAAAUGUGUUUAAGUAAGACCAACAUUUUUAGAGUAUAAUAAGUCUCUUAUUCUUUUUUUUAAUAACAUUGUUAUUCUGACGCAAACCAAUAAUAAAUAAAAUACUUCUUACCAUUAAUGCGACUUCUUGAACAGGUGCGGUAGAAAACGGAUGGAUGGAUUAAAAUGCACGAGGAUGUUUUAUAUUUUGAAUGUUAUUUUUAACACUGUGAUUACCAGUGUAAUUAUUCAUUACUUAUCGUGUUAAGCAAUGUCAGCUAAGAUUUAUCUGAGAGCCAGAUGUAGUCAUCAAGAGAGCCACAUCUGGCUCGAGAGCCACAGGUUCCCUACCCCUGGUCUAGAUGGAAGUGUUAGCAACAGUGUCUCCUCCUCCCCGCCCUGCAGCGACCCCGAAAGGGACAAGUGGUAGAAAAUGGCUAGAUGGAAGUGUUAGCAACAGUGUCUCCUCCUCCCCGCCCUGCAGCGACCCCGAAAGGGACAAGUGGUAGAAAAUGGCUAGAUGGAAGUGUUAGCAACAGUGUCUCCUCCUCCACCAGUGCAGCCGCCCACUCACAGCAAGGGCGCCCUCUGGUGGUGAGCCAUCGCACCGGCCAACCGCCUCGCCUUCCUCCGAUCGCGCAACCUCAUGUUUCUUCCGGACCCGGGAGAUGUAAAGACUCUCUUUUCGACGUGUAUUUCCACUUAGGAGCCCGGAUCCCUUCCAGCUGGCUCGGAUGCUGAGAUACCUUUGACGCGCCGCCUAUCUUCCCGCUUAACAAGUAGGCGCUAAGCUGCUUUUGAGCCAUUUCAGGAGCGUGGACAUGUUCUGAAGGAGCGGCAGGAAUGAAGGCGGCGAGAAGACCGAGGCAGACGCUGCUCCUCCCCCGGCUCUGCGUCGCUGCUGUCGGCCUGCUUGCAGCCGCCUGGCUGGUGCAUCCCAGUGAUGUCACAGCAAUCUUUGCAGCCCCUCAUGGACCCACUGGAGAUGGUGACAUCUUCUUAACCAAAAAGGAGGUCGCCACACAGAAAGAUAACAACCAAAGCACAGACUCAAAAUCUGCAAUCAGUGAGUUUCCUGAAGACAUCUUUAGUCUGGAGCAGAGGAGAGCGGGAGCUGUCAUCCUCCAUGUGCUCUGUGCUAUCUACAUGUUUCAUGCCCUGGCCAUAGUGUGUGAGGUUUAUUUUGUGCCCUCACUGGAAAAAAUCUCAGAGAACCUGCAACUCAGCCAGGAUGUUGCCGGGGCAACCUUCAUGGCAGCUGGCAGCUCUGCCCCUGAGCUCUUCACCUCCUUGAUUGGAGUGUUUAUCACAAAAGGGGACGUGGGUGUGGGAACAAUCGUGGGAUCGGCGGUCUUUAACAUCCUGGUCAUCAUUGGCCUCUGUGGCAUCUUUGCAGUACAGCCAAUCUCUCUGAGCUGGUGGCCUCUGUUUCGCGAUGCUGUCUUCUACAUCUUUUCCAUCAUCGUGCUCAUCAUAGUGAUCUACGAUGAAAAAGUCCAGUGGUGGGAGACAAUUGUCCUGAUGUCCAUGUAUGGACUAUACAUCAUUAUCAUGAAGUUCAAUGGCUCCCUGUGCAGCCUGCUAGAGAGACACUGCAGUCCCAGAGGUCAGCCAUGUUUGAGCAGCCUGCGCCGUACAACAGCGGUGGGGAAUGCCGGAGAUUGUGACGCCGAUAUUGUGCCACUCAAGUCAGACUCUUGCGCGGUGGUCGGUCAAAACUCAGGGGUGGUGAUGGUGGAUGAGCUGCUCAACCUGCAUCCUCACCAGCUCACCUUCUCAGAGGCAAGCCUCCGCCUUCUCAUCACCUCGCAUUUCCACCCCUACACCCGCCUGCGCAUGGCGGGACGCAUGGUCAUCAACGAGAGACAGAGGCUGGUCCAGGCUCAGGGCGGAGCAUCAGUGGAUGACAGCUCCGCAGGGCCGUGGCGGAGAGAGAACGGGUCGGCGGCCGAGACAGACGCUCAGCCUUUGGAUGUGGAGAGACCAGCGGGGAAGGAGCCAGGACGGCAACUUGGGGGCGGAACCAAAGAGGAGGAGGAGGAGGAGGAGGAGGAUGAAGAGCAGGAGGAGGAAGAGGAGGAGAAUAGUCCAUUUAAACCUUUCAUCAUACCAGAGGGCUGGUGUGUGCGUGUAAAAUGGCUGCUGUCCUGGCCAGUGAGCCUCCUGCUUCACUGCAGCGUGCCCGACUGUACUCUUCCACAGUGGCAACACUGCUACCUGCUGACCUUCCUCACCUCCACACUCUGGAUCGCCCUCUUCUCCUACCUCAUGGUCUGGAUGGUGUCCAUCAUCAGCUACACACUUGGAAUCCCCGAGGUCAUCAUGGGGAUCACCUUCCUGGCGGCCGGCACCAGUGUCCCUGACUGCAUGGCCAGCCUCAUCGUGGCCCGCCAGGGCCUGGGCGACAUGGCCGUGUCCAACUCCAUCGGCAGUAACAUCUUUGACGUGCUGCUGGGUCUGGGCUUCCCCUGGGCUCUGAGGACCCUGCUGGUCAGCUACGGCUCAGUGGUGCCAAUCAACAGCAGAGGCCUGGUUUACUCCGUCAUCCUUCUCUUGGCCUCAGUGACUCUCACUGUCCUGUGUGUGCACCUGAACCGCUGGAAGUUGGACCGCAGGCUGGGUGUCUGGCUCAUGCUGCUCUACGCCAUCUUCCUCUUUUGCUCCAUCAGCUUUGAGUGGCUGUAGAGAAGACGCAAUUUGGCUUUUUUCACUACAGUGAAUUUCAUAAGAGCUCCUUUUGAUACGAGAGUGUUUUGUACCUGCAACACAACUUUAUAGAAUAGAGUUCUUCAGUACUUGCACAUAGUCCAUCAUGUGUUGUAAAAGACUCCCGCUCGCUCUGCUGCAAGUGGCGUGUGACAGAAAGUUGUUUACAAAGUGUUUGAUUGUUUGUGCCUGGAAGAAGUGCUGCUCUGUUAUUGUCGGGGAAAUUAAAACGCUACUUUAC